AUGGCGACGUGUGAGAGCGGCAGAGACGCUCAUGAUGACUUAGACGGCCAUGAUGACUUAGACGAGCCCGGCGCGGCUCUUUUCGGCAACUUUAUUAAUUAUUACACUUUUAACCCGCCGGAGAACAGACUGAGUCUGAUCCCCGCCACGCUCCUCGCAGAUUUAGGCUUCAUGGACGGCCGCCACUCGACGUUGCUGCUGGACGUGGGCUGCAACACCGGGGAGUUAAGUGUAGCACUGUACAAGCACCUGGUGCAAACCCCGCAAUCAAACGUCCAUCUCCUGGGCGUCGACCUGGACGACGGCCUCAUCCAGCGGGCCACACGCAGCAACCCUCUCCCCGACAGCGUCACCUUCACCCCGCUGGACAUCACCGGGGACUGCGCGCCGCUCCGGGAGUACCUCCGCCUGCGCGGGUGCGCGCACUUCCACUUGACGCUGUGCCUGGCCGUCACCAUGUGGGUGCACCUCAACCACGGCGACGCCGGCCUGCUGCGGCUGCUCUCCCGCCUGGCGGAGCUCAGCCAGCAUGUGCUGCUGGAGGCGCAGCCCUGGAAGUGUUACCGCUCAGCGGCCAGGAGGCUCCGGAAGCUCGGCCGUUCGGACUUUGAGCACUUCAAGGAUCUGAAGGUGCGGGGGGACAUGAGCGAACACGCCAGGCGACACCUGGUGGGAACCUGCGACAUGGAGUUCGUGCGGAGCUUCGGCAGCACCGCUUGGGACCGGAAGUUGUUAUUGUUUAAACGGAAGUGACGUCGGGGUAGUUUUUUUGUUUACACCGGAAGUCGAACAGUAAAACUAAUAUUUUUCUACCCUUAUUACCUUGACAACAAAACUACAUGAAUGUAGAUUUAUGAUUUACAUCUAAUUGGCUUAAUGGUUUACAAUUAUCAAUCAAAUCUUGGAGGAUGAUUAAGAGUACAAAAGCACUUAAAUGUACAUCUUUGUUAAAAACAUUUAAAGUGAUUUAGGUAGACCUUUUUGUCUUUUUGUCAUAUUAUUAUUAUUUAAUACUCUAUCUGUAUUUGCUUUUGUUUUCUUUCCUUGACAUGUUUCGCUGAUGUUGAAAGUGUGUUUGUUCAAUAAAAAAACAAAUUGACAAUAAAACAUCCCCAUUUACUAUAGAAGCGAUCAAAUUUGGUAUAAUUAUAAAAAUAGCAACCUACAAAUUGGUAGAAGCGAAAUUUUUCAUACAUAAAAGUCGAUUUCUGAAAGUGAAACCCAAAUUCUCCCGUUUAAUUAAUGACCUCAAAUUAUUAGAACAAUCUUGGAAAAUUAUAAAACAUAGAAAAGCCCUUAAAUGAUUCCCUAUUAGAUGAAUUUAAGUUGUUUUAGAUGAGCCUUUUUUGUAUUCU